AUGGAGGCGGACAGAGAAAAAGCGAUUGCCUUCUUGGACAGCUGGCGUCGUCGAGACGAGAUCCGUGAUCUCAAAUUGACAUCUGAAAACCAACUGUACGAGCCCAACAGUCUAGAAGAGAUCAUCGAUUUAUUUCAUUUCUAUCACGAAAUGGAAUUCUUUGUAGAAAAAAUUACUCGAAGGGUUUGCCUUGUCCGAAGUGGAUGGAUACCGACAAGUGGUACAGUGAAUUACCCCUACCAUAUAGAAACGUUCCUGUCUUUCGGUCUCAGGUUUAUCUACAAGGUUACCCAUGGUCCCUUUAUGGACCGGCGUAAUUGGAUCGCGGCCAACGCAGGAACAGAUAUGGUGACACCAAUCUUCGAGUGGUGGAAGCCUUGGGAUCAUGAAAUGCCACCACUUCUAUACCCUGUCGACAAGUAUGACCUGCAUAAUAUUGGAGCCUGGGUAUUUGGACUUCCAUCCACCGAGCAACCCAACUACGGCUGGAUAACGAGAGUGUUGGACAGCCCUGGUACAACUGACGGAGCCAUGUUCGAUCGGAUUAUGGAAAACAAUCCACGUGAGCUAUAG